AUGUGGAUGUCGUCAGAAACCCAAGUGUUGGCGACUUCCGGUAGGGAGUCCCUUUCAAAUGUGGUUCUGUUUUUGUCCUCUCCUCCGGACUGUAAGCUUCUCUCGAGUGCUCUAGCUGGUCUGAUUUCUACUCCGUCCGCGCGUUUCUUUGGAUUCUUCCGGCCAUACGUAGCUUACCAUGUCACCUACCUGGAUCUUCAUGAUGGCGUGAAACACCUCUCUUUAUAUACUGAUGAGGGGCAAACUUUUUUUGAUGCUUUGGGGUUUUGUCAUUUGGGAAUAAAGGGGCAAACUUUUUUUGAUGCUUUGGGGGGCAAACUUUUUUUGAUGCUUUGGGGUUUUGUCAUUUGGGAACAAAAGGGGCAAAAUAUUGAACUUCAACUUUACUUCAACUUUGGCGUAGCCCCGAACGAGCGACAGCGAGAGAGGCCAUCAGUUCAUAAAGAGCAGGUGAUUCACGCAAGAAUGAAUGAACGAAGUGAAAUUCAUGAUGGCGUGAAACACCUCUCUUUAUAUACUGAUGAGGGGCAAACUUUUUUUGAUGCUUUGGGGGGCAAACUUUUUUUGAUGCUUUGGGGUUUUGUCAUUUGGGAACAAAAGGGGCAAAAUAUUGAACUUCAACUUUACUUCAACUUUGGCGUAGCCCCGAACGAGCGACAGCGAGAGAGGCCAUCAGUUCAUAAAGAGCAGGUGAUUCACGCAAGAAUGAAUGAACGAAGUGAAAUUCAUGAUGGCGUGAAACACCUCUCUUUAUAUACUGAUGGGAGCGCGGUCUCGUCUCAAAGCGUGGCCAAGGACCUUUUGGAGCAGGACGUUCUGACGCUGGUGGCAGCUGUGGAACAGGCCCUCGAGGGUGGCGAGGGCGUUGCUUUGGCACCCCCGGUUUUCGGUCUUUUCGAUGAUACCGAGAGCGUACUGCGAGGGCACGUGCUGCGGCUGGGGGCAGCUCUGAAGGAUGUGGCUACAAGGAAGGCCAAGAAGCAAAGAAUCGAGGAUCCAGGCUCGCGUCAGCCUGGGUGUUUAGGGCUCAAGGUGAUGGAAGAGCUGUUGGGCGAGGCUCUGGCUCCGAAGGCCAAGGCGCUGUGCGCCGGGCUGGAGGACGCGGGUCGCACUAUGACGACAGCGAAAGCAGUGCUGGGCAAGCCGCCGGAGGACGACUUUGGCCGAGCUCUGCAGCGGGUAGCGCGGUCCACGGGGCCUUGCGACGUGGUCGCAAAAGGAACCUUUGGCAAUACACUGGUCACCCUUCGAAAGGGCGCGGAGGACGGGAUGGAGGAGCUGGCGCACAGGUCUAAUUUUGGCAAGGUGCCGCCGAGCGGCGUGCGCGCGGGUCCGGCGUCCAAGAAAGGGGUGACUUUAAAUUCGGUCCUGCGGACGGGGUCGAUCGAGGGGCUGCAUUACUACAGUGUCGCUUUGGCUUUCAGCGAUGGGGGGUACCAGGAGUGGUUCGGAGCCCACCGCUUUGAUCGCGCGGCAGCGGCGGAUCCGAAGCGGCCGUGGGCCACCGGAGGCGCAAAGCGUCCUGCGGGCAAUUGUGCGACAUGUGGUCCAUUGCAGAUAAGCAAAUACAAGGCUCAGCACGAGACCGCGCUCCCCACUAAGGCCCAGUGGCGCCACUGGAUAGCUGUCAUCCACGUUGCGCCGCCCGGUAACCACCCCUUCAAUAAACCUCUCGUCUGUCGCCUUAAUCCGCACUUCGACGCCCACGUUCACGCCCGGUGA